AUGGUUUGGUGGGAGGGACGGUGGUGGUGUGGCCUCAAAAAUACACCGCAACCACACCGCGCGGCUCCACCGCAGAAGCCACCACCACCUUUCCACCGCCCAAACGAGACCGCGUUUUCCAGUUUAACAUCCUGACUAUCAGUUGAGAUCAUCCCAGUUGUCCUGAGAAACAUCAUCAUUCAUCAAGAAUAUCUCCACUGGUUGACGCUUGUUCAAACAAUUCUCACAGCGAUUUUCAAUCAGUGAUCAGUGAUGAUAGCUGACAGUACUUGUGAUUAUCUUGUGGUGAUUAUGAUGAGUACUAGUGAUUAGUCCACGUGAAGUAUUUAUUUAUUGUCUGUGAUAUCAUUGACUUGGAGGAAGGGUGAAGUGGAUGGAGAAGGUUCACAGGAUUCGAUGGCAAUUCACUUGGAAAACGGAGAAAAAUACGAGCGGUGACGAGGGGAAAUAAGAAUUUGCAAACAGAUCUGGGGGCUGUCCUUGUCGGGAUAAUGAAAUAAGGAUCAAAGGGAAGAACGUAUUUGGGUCUGGAUGUGGAGUGGGAGUGUGGGGGUAAUAGAAGUCGGGGAAAGAAUCUGGGAAACAAAUUCAAUUGUUGGAUUUUAUUCUUUUUCUUGGGGAAGAGGCUACGGAUAUUUGGUGAAUUCUCGGUGACUCUUGGACGGCGGUUGGAGAUUUAUUUCGAGGGGCUGUCAAUGAUCUUGAGCUCAUGACGAAUCCUUUGAGAGAUGUUCGUCCUGAGGAACGGCCUCAUGGAAUUGAUUAUCAGGAAUCCAGGAUACCUCGCAAUCAGUCGUUAACUGGCAUCAAUCCUGCUGGACAUAUUUUUACCUCGAGGCUCAGGAAGGCUAGGGUUUCUUCUAGUAGGAGGAGAAUGCAUAUCUCUGAUGAGGCUAAUGCUCAGGGAAAUGCCAGUGGAAAUCAGGGAAAUGAUUAUGCACUCACUGCUGAUCUCCUCGCUGAGAGAACACUCGAUGGACUUCUCGCUGAACAUCCUGGAGAGCUCAUUCGAACUGGCUGUCCCCACGUCGUCUGCACAGUUCUUCCUAACCACUGGAGAUCGAACAAGACUCUUCCAGUGGCGUUCAAGGUAGUUGCCCUCGGGGAAGUCGGUGAUGGCACCCUGGUGACAAUUCGUGCAGGAAACGACGAAAAUUGCUGCGCAGAAUUGCGCAACUCAACGGCCCUGAUGAAGAACCAAGUCGCCAAGUUCAACGAUUUGAGGUUCGUCGGUAGAAGUGGAAGAGGUAAAAGCUUCACUCUGACGAUUAUGCUGCAGACUCAACCGCCGCAAGUCGCUACAUUAUCUAAAGCAAUCAAAGUGACUGUUGACGGACCCAGAGAGCCCAGGUCGAAGACGAGACAGCAGGCCUUUCAUCCCUACCACUAUGGACCACGGCCAUUUCCCUUCGGACACCCUCAGGACCCGUUGGGAUUCAAGCUGUCCGGACUGCCACAUCUCGGUCUUGAGCAGGCUGGUGGGCAAGGGUGGGGUGGUCUUCCUAGAGGGUCUCUACCCCCUCACUGUCUUCCGCCACCACCGGGUCACCUAUCGCAGCCACAUCCGCCACCGGGCGCCGGUGGCACAGUCUCUGCCUUCAACCCCUUCCAUCACGCCAUCGAGCAAAGAUCACCUCGACUGCCAGUUUCUAAUAGCGAAUCAGCGAGGAACGACUUGGGGCCGAUAAGCGUUGCUGUGCGGGAAUCAGGGCAAGCAGACUCGCCGGCCAAUUCUGGUCCUGGAUUACUGACAACUGCAUCAGUCACAGUACCAACACCACCUGCCGAGUCGACGACAAAUAACACCACUUCAAAUUCACCUGGACAUCACUUGCAAGGUCUUCAUUUCCUUCGAGCACAUCCGCUAUUUGGAUCGAUAUUUGCGCCACUGCUGCCUCAAACCCCUUGGCUGUACAAUCCGCUGUCCUAUCAUCCACCUCAGUACAUGGUGGAAUCAGAGUGGCAUAAACUCGCUGUUCACAUGCAGCAACGUCUGCAGAGGCCGGACCACGCGAGCUUGGAGGAUCUCAAGCAGUUGAGAAGUACGAGCGGCAGUCCAAGUGUGAGUUCCAGGGAUGAGAGACGGAGGGAGGACGGUGAUCCGGACGGCUUGAGGGACACCGAGAGUCCAGACGGCAGCAUCGAAGUCGACGAUAGAAAUGAUCAGGAUCCCAUAUUCGAAGGCCGAAGCGAGGACUCAUUGCAGGAACAGGAAUCACCUCGUAUUUCACCGGUGAGAAGUGACAUGGAAGAUAGUGUGAAAGAGGACUUCAGAGAUACUGAGAAACGCUUGAGACCGAGUAUUGAGAAUUUGAAUGACAUUGAUAGUCAGAAUGAGGAUCAGGCCGCACGUAGAAGCGAUUUAGCCGUGAAAAUACGGCUGGAAGGUACCGUUGAUCUCAGUACCAAGAGGGGCCAAGAUAAGGAGAAUGUUGGUCAGGAUUUGACGACGAGGAGAAAGGAUGACGAUGUUGAUGUUGAGAGGGAGUCUGCUAGACCGAGAAAGGAUAGAAGCCCGAAGCCCAGGCACGUCUGGAGACCCUAUUGAUGUUCGAAAAUGAGCUUUCGCCUUUCAAUGGACAUCAAUCAGCAAUCAAUUAUUUGGUGGAGACAUCUGGAGAAUCUAUGAUUGGUUGGUGAGGGUGAAUUUUAUCAGAUAUGGGGGACUUCGAGGACUAACCAGGGUUUCAUUGUUUUUUCAUUCGGCAUGUACAGAGAAAUGCUUCUUUAAUUUAAUUUAUUAUGAGAAGGCUAAGCUAUCAGGAAUGAUCAUCGGUAAUCUGAUAUCUCAAUCGUCAACUUCAUAUAGAAUGAUCUCUAAUUGUCAUCUGUAAAUAACUUAAGGUGUAAGAAAAAUCCCGAAUAUUAUGAAUGAAUUUAGUGUAAUUAUGAUCAUCUUGAUGUUCUUUGGAGA